CAUCGACGCCGCUUCGCGUAUCGUGCUUAAGUUGAAUCGCGCCUGCGCAAAUGAACUAAAAACCAUUUCAAAACAUCGCUCUCAACUCAUUUACACUAUAAUAAUUAUACAUUGAGUGUUCUGUGAUUGAAAUGAGCCUGCGGACGGAAUGGAGCAGAUUUCAGUGUUUAUCAGGCCAUUUUUAGUGAUUAGUGAUAGUGAUCGAAUUAAGUGAUACCAGACAGAUAGCAUUAAAGAUAGGCGCGUCAUGAAGCGGUAACUGACUGAAAUGCGGAUAGUGACUUACAGUGCGUGUUAAAAAAGCGAUGCAUGGUUUGUGAGAUCGGAUCAGUCAUGGACAUGAGCGGUGAGGGGGGCGCGGGGGCUCUUCAGCAGCGGUGGUACGACAGCCGGGUUAACGGCAGCCCGGCCGCUGCAGAAGUCUCGGAGACCAAUGGAGACUUCUUCCACUCGCCGUUAGAAGGCGGGCAUCACAGCCGCGCUCGGUACUACCAUCAACAGAUGCACGGAACGUACUCCUCAGCUGUUGGAUCACAUGGUCGGACAUUAGGUAGUGGUAGUGGUCAAGUGUGCAGGCCGCACUUCCACACGCCUCUGCAUCCGUGGCUGGACUCCAAGGCACUCGGAAGUGGCGCAUGGGGCAGCGGCUUCCAGCAGGAUGGCGCCGCAGAGAAACCCCUCUCCCCAGCACAGCAUCCACACCCUCACCCCCUCUUUUCAUUCCCUCCCACCCCUCCUAAAGACUCAACGCCGGACUCCGUAGCGGCUGCGGCGCUCGGCCAGCAGGAUUACCAGGCGGCCGUUGCCCACGCUACAGCCAUGAGCGUCGCGUUCAUGCAGCAGCAGCAGGAACUUCCUCUGUGCGGUGACGUCAAGCCCAUGAUGGGCGCACCGUCGAAGCAACGCGAAGGUGCGCAGCCAGACACGUGUCCUCAGGAGAGUCAGCCCUCUGGGGAGUACAACGCGCAAUACAACGCGGACUACUACAACUACCAGGGGAAGGGGUAUAGUGGGCAGCAGCAAAACAAACCGCGGCCGAACAAGACGCGUACGAGCGCUGAGGGCCGGGAGUGCGUCAACUGUGGAGCGACAAGCACUCCACUGUGGAGACGAGAUGGUACCGGGCAUUACCUAUGCAACGCCUGUGGACUUUACUACAAGAUGAACGGACAAAAUCGACCCCUCAUCAAGCCCAAACGAAGAUUGGUGAGUUCAUUGCAGUCAGCGGCGCGGCGGGCGGGCACCUCGUGCGCCAACUGCAAGACGACAACCACUACACUAUGGAGACGAAAUCAAAAUGGCGAACCUGUGUGCAAUGCGUGUGGACUCUACUACAAAUUACAUAAUGUAAACCGGCCAUUGACUAUGAAGAAGGAAGGCAUCCAGACGAGAAAUCGCAAGCUUAGCAGUAAGAGCAAAAAGAAGAAAGGAGGAAUGGGAAUGGGGGGAGGCGGGGCGUGUGCCCUCGCUUUGGGGGGCGUCAUGGGAGACAUGAUCAAACCUUUAGGGGACGGUUCGAAAGGUUUUGGGGGGUCAUUUCCAUCAGCCAUGGACUUUGGUCAGCACCAAGUAGGGUUAGUGCAUCCAGCGACGGCUCACAUGUCCCACUGGUAUGGAGCGCCGCACCAGGGUUUUGCCCCACCACCUGCCUCUCAUAACCCUUACCAUCACCACCACCUUGCGCAGCUUAAUUCAAUGGCUGGCUGGAGGAGUGAGUAUACGUGAUAAGUCUAUGAGUAUAAUAAUUUAAAUCGUCAUGAAGCCGAGCUUAGACGGCGACACAAUAGUAACUGUGAUUUCACAAACAUAACUCAUGUACUGAAUCACUUUGACACAUAACUUAAAUAAUAAGACUGUAACAGAAUUGAUGUUUGCGAGCAUAUCUCAUACAAAAAUCCCAUUUUUUCAACGCGUUUUACGCUUCCCCGAGUGUUUUACAAAUAGAGAAAUUGUACAGUAUUAUAACCUAGGUAAGUCUAAUGUCCGCUUAGAUUAAUGUCGGUAUUGUUAUCAUGUGUAUUUUGUAAAUAUAAGUUAUAUUCCGUUCCUGUAUAGAUUGUUUUAUUUAAUCUUUGUUCGCUCUAGGAAUUGUGAUGUGUUCAGAGUUUGACAGUUUUGUAAAUUUGAUUUGUAGACUUUAUUGAGAUGCAAUAGUAAUUUAUAUGAGUAGCGUUAAUCAUAUAAUUUGUAAAUAUAUCGGAAAUGUUUUAUGAGUUUGGUGGGAGCUAACAUCUUAAGACGUGUGGUUCGAUAAGAACCACCACCAUAUUAGGAAUGUGGUGUGACGGCUUAAAUUCUGAAUUCUAGUUCAUCGUGAUUAAUUCAAUGUAAGCUCGUGCCAGGCUCAUCCCAUAUAGGUCACAUUAUUUGGAUAUCUGUGAUCCAAUUCACUAAUAGUAUCGUGAAAUAUUUGUUUAUUAAACAUUAAGUUAUUGUGUGGCCAUAAUUGAUCAAUGUUAUUUGUGGACGCAGUACGUUUCAGUGAUGUGACUACGCCCAUAAAUUAUAUGUCAGUAUCCAAAAUGUAAAUACUAUUGUAAAUGGAAAAUUUUAGAAUAUAAACAGAUGUAAAUUAGCGAUCACAGAAAAGCCCAUUAAUAAUCCCAUCCGUAAAUUUUUAGUUUAUAAAUCAGAACAAUGUGAAGUUGUGUAUUUUAAAUAAA